AUGGCUGAGAUGGUGAACGAAAUGGGCGAUGUCUCCAUGCGGUUCAGCUCUGUCAGUGAUGAUAAGGCAGAAGUGUCGGAGAUCAAGGAUUACACAGCCCAGCCCCACGGAAGCCCCCCAGUCAACAAAGAUGGCGACAUCCCGCUAUGUGUGUUUCCGAGUGCUGAGUCGUUGCUCGAGACGCUGAGGAGGAGUUGCACACCCACAGCGCACGAGAGUGGUGGGAUUCAGGCAGCGCCUCCAGUGCCACGAGCGCCCCCCGCACCGGUGGAUGUCUGGCAGGGCCAGCCUGUACUGUCGGAAGAACACAAACGGCUCCUGAAACGGCUGUUCACGGUGGACAAGGAGGGAAGCAUGGAGCCUGGCCAGAUGGACGUGCAGAUGGACGUCGUGCCAGUAUCCUGUCCAGUCGAGUUUGAUCCUACAAGACUGGAACAGCAUUGUGAGCCAAGUGGUGGCAAUGUGUCCCUGGACGGCAGGCCCAUGUUCAGUGGCCUGGCAGACGAAAUGCCCGAGUCGCCUUUCGUUUCCCAAGUUGAGGCCCCGCCGUUGCCCAGCCCAUCUGACAUCCCACCUUUGGGCCCCAUCUCCCCUUCGGGGGUCCAGCUCAGCCCCAUCUUCUCACAGGUAAACCUGGAGAGCCUGCUGAGCGUGAUGGGCUCGUUCACUUCUUCGGACUUGGUGGACUUCAUCAACACCAGCGGCAUCCGAAUGGUUGAUGUAUCUGAAUCCAAUCUGCCUCCUCCUGCCCCGAUGGACGAAGACUAA